AUAUGAUCAACAAGAGUGUUCAUCAGCUAUUCAAACCUGAUAUGGAGAUUGUGGAUACCAGAAAACUACAGCUACAAAAGGAGCAGCAUUUUCAUGUGCUGGCAGUAGAUGACAGUGUCAUAGAUAGGAAGCUUUUGGAGAGGCUCCUUACAGGUUCUUCAUGCAAAGUUACCUGCGUGGAUUCUGGAGACAAGGCUUUGAAAUACCUUGGCCUGAUUGAUGACCUUGAUAAUACUUCCUCUAUGUCUUUGGAGUCAUCACCUUCUCCUCCUCAACCAUUACAGCAAGAGGGAAUCAAAGUGAAUUUGAUCAUGACAGACUAUUGCAUGCCUGGGAUGAGUGGCUAUGAUUUACUUAAACGAGUCAAGCUGCAGGGAUCUUCUUGGAAAGAUGUUCCAGUCGUGGUUAUGUCAUCAGAAAAUGUACCUUCCAGAAUCAGCAUGUGCUUGGAAGGAGGGGCUGAGGAGUUUCUAUUGAAGCCUCUUCAGUUAUCGGAUUUGGAGAAGCUUCAACCAUACUUUCUGAAAUCCCUUGAUAAUUCUCGUGAACAAGAAUCUGCUAACAGUUCCAUAGAUUCCGACACUGACAAUCUCAUCAUCAACAACAAUAACAGUAACAAUAACAAUAGUAUUAUGAGCAAAAGGAAGGCCAUGUCUCCUGAGCUUCCCGAGAGAUCAAGAACCAAAAUGAAAGGGUUGGCGGUGGUGUGAAAAAAGAACACUAUAGAGAGUGGUUUAUGCAUAUUAUAUAGUUUAUGAUUAUAUAUAUAUGAUCCUAAUUAUGGUUUUCUCCUCAACUCAAAGAGCUUAAUGAAUUCCCAGUGCUAAUUAUUUACCGUCAGCGUUUUCGCAUGUUGGGUGCCAUUGCCAAAAAUGACAUUUGUGAGGAUGAAAUACUCGUAUAUUACUUAGUAAGAAUGCUAAUUACUGUUCAC